GAGGUCCGGUCCGCCGUUCAGCAUGCUUUACUUUACGUGAAAACUCGAAGUUAGAACGGACUUUAAAACUCCUUUGCUUGUAGCUCCAAAUUGUCAUAAUGGACUGCUAACAACAGACCAAUUGUCACAAAAUAGAUUAACUCGCAGUAAGUGUGCGAAAACCUCUCAGCACCAAAAAUAGACUGCUAUGAAUAUUGAUAAGCUGUUAUAAGAAUGUAGUCAGGUGAACGGUGGACAGAAGCGUUAUUCGUGAAAUCUUCGACUUGCGCAUAUAGUUCUGCCAAAUGCACAACUAAUAUGAGCUUUAGCAAAAUUACAACUGAAAGACUUCGUGGCUUAUGGGGAACAGGUUUUGGAUCUUGGAUUUUGUUGACAGCAUGCUUAAUAGUUCCGGAAUGGACAAGGGAAGAUGACGACAAACACUGCGGUGUUUUCUUCUGUUGCAGUGCGUAUGUUAACUGUACCGUAACUGAUACAGAAGUUGUAUCUGAUCCUCUACCCUGGAUAUUAUCCAGUUGGAUGUUGAAUUUUGUUGGUAUUUGUUCAGCAUUAUGUAGGUGUAGCUCAGUUCAUCCUGAAAAUGUUCGUCACAUGGCUAUCAUGAAUAUUAUAUCAGGUGUUUUUUGUAUUACGGGAACUGCACAGUUCAUCGUUCAGAAAUACACGUCUGUUUUUGCUGACAUAAACUUUGGAGCUUGUGGUAUUUUUGCACAUAUCGCUGGUUGGAUGUUAUUUAUCUCGGGAUGCUGUGGAUUCUGCCAUGGAUAUGGGUAUGACUCAUCGGAAUAUGAUGAUGAGCACCGACCUAAACCACGUCGGUCUACACCAGGAGGAAACGAAAUCUAUCCAGUUACCGAGGAUGAAAUGGAGAUGGCUUCGACGCCUUAUCGCAACGGUCCACCUCCAGGCGGAUCCUCGAGUAGACUCUCUAGAUUGCGUGACAACGUUUUCCCCGCUAAUUUUGCUCGGAGAUUUUGGAGGGACACGAUUUCAUUGAAUCGAUCUUUAGACUCGCAACCUUCCCAAGAUGAGGAAAGCACAAAAUAAAGACAAACUUGCAAAGACGAGACAGCGAAUUUAUAAAAUGACGCCCAAGAUUAAUGAGUAUAUAUAUAUAUAUAUUUAAAUAUGCUCUACAAUACCAUUGGUUAUUGAAAAUUAUUGUUUUCUUAUUUCCGAGAAAUAUGUAACAUAUAUUAUUUAUAUUUUAUUAUCUCUUACGUUCCAUUCAUGAAUUGAUACAUAUAAGAAAGUAAACGAUA